CAACCUUGACCUAGAAAAGCAGAAGGCACCUCGAAUGAGAACAUGAAGGACAAAACACCGGUUGUUUUGAAAACUGAUGAAGGAAAAGGUGAUUUGGUGUUGAAAUGAACUGGUGAAUCAAGAUAUCCAAGAACAUGAAGAAGGCUUGAUGACUAGAGUCAAUAACCUUGGAUCAGUGCAUGGCUGAUGCUACAGACUGAUAAGAGAGGAUUCAGUAGUAUACAAUGGAUCUCCUAUCUGCUGUCAGAGCAGGAAACAUACAGGCUACAGAGCAGGCACUGAAGGAUGGAGAAAGCCCUAACAUCAGGGACGAAGAAGGUAAUGUACCCUUACUGCUGGCAGUAGAACAGAAGAAGUUAUCCCUUGUGCAGUUACUAUUACAAUAUGGUGCUGACCCUGUCUCUGAAUGUGCCACCCCCGACCGCUCCAGUCCCUUCUCAUUUGCUCUGUACACUGAAGACAUCCUCAUGUUGGAGACCUUCAUCAAGCAUGGUGUGGACUUAAACCAGACAUUACCCAAGGAGAAUGCUCCUGCCUUAAUUCUUGCCGUGGACUUGGGGAGCUCAAGGCUUGUCAAUCUUUUGCUCAGUUAUGGUGCCGAUGUGAACCAUAUUUGUGCAGGAAUUACGCCUCUUAUUAAAGCCAUUGAGAACAAACACAUAGGGAUAACUAGGACUUUGUUAGAGCAUGGUGCUAAAGUAAAGGAGAAAAAUGUUGAUGUGACUCCCUUAGCAACAGCAUUAAUGACAAACGACAGUGAUAUUGUCAGAAUCACACUGCAGUAUGCCCAGAGGGAAGGUAUUAACAUCAACAAUACAUUUGGCGGCUUUGCCAUUGCCCCAUUAUUACUAAGUGCCAAAUUUGGCCUGGCAAACUCCACCAGGGUGCUCUUGGAGGCAGGUUGCGACGCCAACGUCACCACACAGUACGGGGAAACAGCAUUACAUUUCGCGGUGCAAGGAUACUCUAACACUGCAGUGAUCGCGAUUCUCUUGGAGGCGGGGUGCAACCCUUUCAUUGCAGACCUACAGACUGGCAAAGGUAACACGGCCCUGCACCUUGCCUGUCAUUUAGGCAACUUGGCGGCAGUGAAAAUGCUGUACUCUCACAUGGUUAAUAUGUGGAACAAGGACGAGAGGAUACAGUCAGGAAGCAAGCAUAAAAGAACCAGCUUUUCCAGCAUUGGAGAAGACCCAGAGCAUACAGCUUCUGGUCCCUCGAGCCAUUUUUCAUCGUCGGGAAGUGGCUCCUUACCUAGUUAUCACACAGCAUUGAAUAAGAGAAGCAAUCAGUAUGGCGGGGUUGGCUCCAUGAAAAGUCAACAGCCCUCUCAGGUCUCUGGUCAGCCCUCACAGGCUAUGCCCAGUGUUUUAGCCUACUGCCAAGCUGCAGAUAGUGUGCUGUCACUUCCAAAUGAACAGUGGCACACUCCUGUAGGGAAAACCCUUCUCUCAGGCAAAUUACAGGUGCUUGAAUACUUCAUCUCUAUAGUACAACACAUUCGGCUGUAUCUUCCUGCCAGCGCAUCCAAGGCGGUAUCAGAGGUUGAUCUUCUCCUCCAUCGAGCGGUCAGUUCAGGUCAGCUUGAAGUGGUGAAGUUUUUACUGGAAAUUGGGUAUGACAUAAACAAGCCAGAUGAGACCAAAUCCUGCGCCACACCUCUGAUAGCUGCAGCCAGACAGGCGUACACCAAUAUUAACAUGUGCCAAUUCCUGGUUGAACAUGGAGCUCAGCUGAAUGCCGUUGAUAAAAAUCACGAGACGGCGCUGUCCACAGCAGUUUACUUUGGUUUUGAAAAGAAUGCUGCGCUGUUGAUUCAACAUGGUGCUGACCUGAACUUGCCUGAUGCCAGAUCCACUACGCCCCUCUACUGGGCCAUAUUCAACGCCAGGAUUCCGACGCUGCAACUUCUCAUCCACGCUGGAGCAAAAUUUACCCACGAGCAGCUCCGACUGACGCCGAAAAAUCUAAAAGUGACCCGAGACCCACACCUGAGCGCCUGGAUGCUGGAACAAAUUUCCAACCCUCGAAGCUUGCAGUUGACGUGCAUUUUGAUGCUCAGGCGCCACCUGGCGGAGCUGAGCGCGGGACGGACAAUUUUGCCGAGAAUUUCUCUUCUGCCUCUCCCCAAGAGUUUGCAGAGCAUGUUGACUUUUGUAUAGAGCUUGAUUUUAAUUUCUACCUAGUCGUAUUUUUUUUUCAUUCACAAGUGUAAUUUAAGAUAAUCAUUUCUAACUGAAUUGUGAAGUUAUUGGUGUUUUAAGCCGUGUCACCAAAAAUUGCCUGUGUAUUUAAAAUUGUAUCUUAUGAAAUUGGAUAACUGAAAAUUGGUCUUUUGCCAGGUCAUUUAUAUUUACAUUUAUUGUCAUUUGUAUGUGCACUUCAGCUUGUUAUGUAAUAAUUGCAAGUGGUGUAGUUGCAGCUAUACGAGGCACAAGCAAAAAGUUGGGUAACGAGAAGUGAUUCCCUACUAGUAGGGUUGUUAGAGUUUUAUUUUUAUUUUUAUUUAUUUAUUUAUUUUUUCAGGAAAGGGAAUUUUAGUAUGGGGGAUAUUUCAGCAUAAAACAUUUGCAUGAAGGUUUUUCCUGGGGCUAGUUCCCCCAUUACCAAAUGUAUUUUUCCAUUAGAAAUACGAUUUUUUCCCCACAAAAUUAGACUCGCUUCCAUUUGGUAUUCAACUUAUUAAUUUGGUCCAGUCCUACAUCAAGAUAUAUAUUAUGUUUGUACACACACACACACACACCGGGACAAAAUAAUAUAAAAGUUGCCACUGAUAAACUUGUUUUGGGCUGCUUCCCUUUAUAUUUUGAUUCAUUUGUUGAAAAUAAAUAUCUACAAUCAGAACUGUA